AAGCUCACAAAUCGAUAGACCUCUAAUCGAACAACAAUCCAAAGCGAAUUAUCGAUUUCUUGCCAGAAAAUUCGCGUAGACUGUAAAUUUUACUUUGCAAAGAACACGCACAUUCGCAGUAGAUUUAAAUCGAUUGAAGCCGAGAGAAAGAUGGCAACGGAUGUGGAGCCGGUGGCGAAUACGGCGGACAAGUUUUCCGCCAACGCGGAGGAGCUGGAGAGCUACUAUCUGAUGCUGGAGGCCGGAAAUAUUCCGGAACUGCAGUGGCAAUUCCCAGGACGCAGGGCUCCAUCGCCGGAGGCGGGAUCUGGCGGCAAUAGCAAGGAGCUGGAGCAGGCCACCGAUGCCAUUGAGCAGGAACCGCAAAAGGCCAACGACUUUGAUUUCAGCGACGAUGUGGCCCCCACCCAAAUGCGCGUCCGCAGCCAGACGUCCACGCCCAAGUCGGCCAAAAAGAAGACGGCCAACUUCGCCGGCGUCAUGGAGACGCUGAAGAAGAAGAACGCGGAGAGCUCAUAGCACCCGCCGAAAUUCUGAUGCUGAUCUCGCCGAGGUGACCGCUUGCAGAUCGUUCUCUAUCGCCAUGCGGAUUAGUCCAUAAGCAUUAGUUGUUUUAAGUCAUCGAGUAAGGUUUUGGAGCGUUCUUUUGCAAAAUCCAGAAGCAACCUAGCUGUACUGCAAAUCGGAUUAACCUGGGGCGCUCCUGAAAGUUUGUCUUGGAGUAGAAGAUAGCUGCUAACUAGCUUCAAAUUCAACAUAAUAGGCAUGUUAGGACAUAAUUACCAUUGCAUACGCAUGACUAGUUUGUAAAGAGUUGCAUUUAAUUGUAAGAAAUCCAUAUGCAGACCAGUCUGUUCCAUAAAUUGGAGCAGUCUUUAUGGAACUUCUGAGAGUUUCGUUUAGAGUAGGAGAUAGUUGCCAACUAACUAGCUGGGACACAGAGAGAGUUUGUACUUCAAUUACCAAAUAACUAGCUUCUAAGGACAUUUCAUUGCUCAGUUUUCGAUUUAAGUGUAAGUGUAAGAACUGGUACGUAAGUCCUUGGAAAUAAGACAAUUUCCAAGAACUAAUCAACUUAUAUUUAAGCAGUGGGAAGUGUAUCUGAUCCUUAAUUAGGUCAUAAGGCAUUUAUAUUCUACAUGAUAAUCAAGUCCUUAUUUAAUAUCUUACGACAAUAUUCUUGAUAAUAUUGCCCAAAAACCGACGUUUGAAGACUAGGAUACUAAGAUAGACCGGAUAAGGAUUGAAAUCUGUGCCGGCAGUAGAUAUUGACUAGAUAUAAGUAUAGCAUAGGCAAAUGAGGAUAAGUAAACAUCUGUACAUACAAGUAAUAAGAACUGAAUUUCACAAAAAGCUGUUAAAAUCGUGUCUGAAAGUAAAUGCAAACUGUUGAAAUCAGCACGGGUAUUCCACUAAGCAAUCCUAAGCUAUCUACUUGUUGUCUUUUGCUCCUAAUCAACUGAAAAUAGACUAGGAACCACGACGAGCAAAAGAUGUUCUCCAAGUGUAUCUCUAUCCCUUUCGUUUCUGUAGGCAAGCAUUGUAUGCGCAUAUAAUAUUCUAGGUAGGAAUUCCCAUAUGGAAAUGAUAGAAUAGAUGCAUCAAACCAAGUACUACGACUAAGCCCAAAUAACUUUAAGGAAAUGGUACGCAGUUAAUAAACGUUCGCAUUUAAACACGUAA